CCCCUUUCAAACAGGUGUCCAAUUCCAAAAGGUUCUAACUUCUAACGCUGACAUAGCCUCACACUUGAGCAAAAAUAUACAGAAACAUGAGGUCAAGCAAAGAAGGUAACAAUAGGAAAAACAAGAAAGUAUCAUCCCCAAAAAGAACCCGACCCGUUAACCAAUCAGGACGCAAUUCCAGGCUAUCUCCUCCACCCUCAGUCUCAGUGCUUGACAGUGAAAUCGUGACUGAAGAAUUAGCUUUGUUUGAGAAUCUUGAAAUUUCACCUAAGACUACCAAUCCAAGAAGUUUUCCUUAUAGUGUUAAGCAGCAAUGCUGGGAUAAAGCAGAGAAAGUGAAGGGAAGAGACCCUGACCGAUGGCGCAGAGACCCGUUAGGGAACACUAUAUUUAGGAAGCUUGUAGGGUGUCCUGGUUGUCUAUGCCAUGACUAUGACCAUAUUGUCCCUUAUUCUAAGGUGAGAAUAGUGACUGGAGAGAUGCGGUAUAACUGGAAAUACCAUAUGAAAGUAGUCUUGUUUAAGGGUGGAGAAAGUACAUUAGAAAAUUGUCAGGUUUUGCAGGCGACAGUUAAUAGAUCCAAGGGGAAUCGAACUGAUAUAUCAAAAGCUGAACUUAUUCAGAGAAGUUCGUAUUGUCGGGUUUCAGCUCAGAGGAUUCCUGAUGAAAACAAUCUUAUCGCAAAAGCAGUUCCUACCAAAAAGGGUUUGAAUACUGCAUGGCACAAAAUCUACAUCCUCAUAUACUGGAAACUGAUUCUAUGACUAUGAAGAUAAUUAUUUAAGGAGAAUGGGAGGUUGCUUGGAGCAUUGUUAUGGUGGUGAAUGAUAUCAAUAGACUGAGGAGAGGCCAUAUUGUGCAAGUGGAACAUGUUUUCACAGAAGGAAAUGAACUGGCAGAUUUUUUUGCAAACUUUGUUUCUUAUUUACUGGUGUGCAGCAGCUUAACAGUUUUCGGGAUCUUCUAUCCAUGGCUAGAAAGAUAUUAAAUACAGAUAAAUUCAAAAUCUGAGAAUCAGGAAUGCUAAUGACAUAACCAACCAACAAAAUUGAAGAGAGAAAACAGUUGUGACUGCAACUGAUUUUGCUGCUAGUCUACAUCUUAUUGGAAUUGAUUAUGUUUGUAUGGGCUAAUGUUUAGUGACUACAUGUGUGGGAACUCUACAUGGGCGGUAUUAGUGUUUCAUGCUCAAUCCCAUGUAGGGAAUCCUCAUAUGUUCAAGCUGAACUUCAACACCUGAUUUUAGGACAUGGCACAAGUUAUACUUGCUGAUUUUGUCAACUGAAGCUGAUAACUAGGCAGAAAUCCUGCUACUUCCUGGCAGUCUGAAGAAAAUUCAACUAACUUUGUUCUUACCACCUAGUGAGAGCUUGGAGGUGUGGAAUAUGGAAUCAAGUUAAGGAACUAGAAAAUUUUAGCUGUUAAUUUCAUGUCCCGUUGUCGCUUUUCA